AUGGAUGCAGAAACAGCGAUUGAGGUGGAGCGAGCACACCAGCCGCUUGUGUUUGAGGUCGUCGGACGUGGCGUUGUACUGCAGCUGCAGCUCGCGCGGCAGCGUCUCGUUCCACUCGACCAGUUGCUGGAUGAUGCCUCCCAAGAUCUCCGUCCAGUCGGAGGUCUUGCCGAGCCGAUAGAUCGCGCGGAAUAUGUUUUCCGAGAUGGCGCUGAGCUUGAUGUAGGUUGCAAACUGCGCGGCGGCCGUCGGGUUGGGCACAUCCUUGCACAGCAUCUGCGGCAGCGGGCACGAGAUGUCCUGCGACUGCAGGAGCGACGGCUCGCCCAUUUUCGCCGCGAGCGUCUUGUUGAGCCCGUACGAGACCCAGAACACGCGCGCCUGGAGGUCUGCCUCGCGCGACGUGGGCGAGAGCUCGUUCUUGCUGAGCCCGAUGUGGCUCGCGAGCUGGAUGGCCAUGUUCGAGUAGAGCAUGCAGUCGUCGUCGCGGCCGAGCGAGCGGAAGAAGAGGCUCGCGAGCGUCAGAGUCGCCACCGCAAUGUAGUUUUCGGGCUCGCUUUUGAUCUGCGUGCAGGGCAGCACCAGCGUGAGUCCGCUGGAGAGCAAGUACCCGGUAAUUGGGUCGGCACUUCGGGUGUACUUGGUGCCCAGGGCCAUGACGACAAAGCAGAGAGCGCGGAACUGGAUCGAGGGGUGGUCUGCGAGGCCGCCGAACCGCGUGGACGGGUCGUACGUCUGCGACAGCUGGGUUUUCAGCAGAUCGACGUCGUACGGAAAAUAAAUAUCGUUGAGGAAGAAGUGCGACCGGUCGACAAGAAACAUGGCCUCCUGGAACGUGAGGCACUUGAGAUAGCUCACCACGCGUGUCCUGUCGGGUUUAGGCAGCCGGGUGGCCGCGGCGUCCGGCUCCAGGGGAUGAAUCUUGAUUUUGUCCAAGCUCUCGAGUCUCGUUCUAAAAGAGGAAAUAGGCCCCGUGGUAUCUGA